AUGGCUCACCAGAACGAGCCUGUAUCGACAGAUGUUGCGAAGACCGACAAUCACCUACACCGCCAGGCCCUCACGGCUUUUUCUAUUGCUACUGCUCGCAAUGCAUCAGAAAAGCGUCUGGGAAUCCUGCAUUUUGCGUCCCCCAUCGACUAUGGCUGGAAUGGUGAUAUCAGGAAGCGCUACACGGACUUUCAAGUUUUUGAGGUUCGCAAAGACGGCAGUGUCAUACAUCUUAGUGAUUUUCAACAAGCCGCCAGGCGACCUCCUCAAUCACUCCCUGGAAGUGACACAGCUUCCAAAUCCUCUCCUCACCCCAAUGGCAACUCGCAUGAGCCAUCGGUGGCAAAGGAAAAGCUCAGCCCGAAAGAAGCACCAGCAGUCGUCGAAGCGACUUAUCAUCCCAUUUCAGAUGAGGACACUGCUCUCUUGCGUGAGCUGCUGGGCAACGAUGCCACAGAACAAGUGAUUGACCUGGACAAAAAGGUUCAGGCCAAAGAUGGGUCAAGUCGGGGUGUGAUAAUCAAGUUUCCAUCCAUCACAGACCGCGCUUUACGCACAAAGGUUCAUCAGGAAGCCAGACGAAUCUUCAACUCACGGAUUGAGACUCAAGUCGGAGAAGAAGGUGUUAUUAGCGCACGAGCGUUUGCGUCCCAGCAGGGCCAGAGGCGCAAUGCCAAUGGUCCCCGUGGAUCUCGAGAUGGUUGGCGAGGUGGAGGUCGAGCAGAGCCUCGCCCUCCGCGGUCCCAGUACCUUCACUUCACCCUCUACAAAGAAAACAAGGACACCAUGGAUGCGAUCAACCAUAUCGCCAGGCUUCUCAAGAUCAAAGCCUCUAAUUUUGGGUUCGCCGGUACUAAGGAUCGGCGUGCCGCCACGGUCCAGCGCGUUAGUGUGUGGAACAAGGACAUCAAGGAUCUGAACAUGCUCAAUGACAAGAUGUCGGGCAUCAGGGUGGGCGACUUCUCCUACCAAAAGAAACCCAUGCAGCUUGGGCAGCAUGGAGGCAAUGAGUUUGUCAUUGCAAUGAAGAAUGUCGAGUCUCCUCGGCUGAAAGACUACUCCAUUACCCAUCGUCUCAGGGUGACCGAGGAGUGCGUCCAACAGGCGCUCGACAGCAUUGCCAACCGAGGCUUCAUCAACUAUUUUGGUCUCCAGCGCUUCGGCACACACGCCAUAGGCACACAGGAGAUUGGCAUGAGGAUCCUUAGAGAGGAUUUUGUCAGCGCCGUCAACGGAAUAUUGCACGUGGACGAAGACCUCUCGGUUGCUGUUGCGGAGGGUAACAACGACGGCCGCUUCCACCGUGAUGAAUUCGACCGCGCACGGGCAAUCACCAUGUGGAGGAUGAGUGGAAAGUCAGAUGCCGCGCUGCGAAUCUUGCCCAAAAAGUACAACGCUGAGAAUACCCUCAUCAAGCAUCUGGGACAGGCCCCCAACGAUUUCACCGGAGCUCUGAUGCACAUCACACGCGGCCUUCGGAUGCUUUAUAUCCAUGCCUACCAAUCAUUCGUCUGGAACUUUGCAGCCAGCAAGCGUUGGGCAUUAUACGGGGACAAGGUCAUUGCUGGCGAUCUGGUACUUGUCCAGGCCCAUGAAUCCCCCAUCACCCAGCGUGCCCCUGCCGAAGACAUGUCGGACGAGGUGAAUCAAGAAGAAGAGGAAUUUUAUCAGCGGGCUAGACAUAUCACGGAAGAGGAGGCUGCGAAUGGACGCUUCACAAUCUUUGACAUCGUCCUCCCUGCACCAGGUUUCGAUGUCAUCUACCCCCUGAACGAGAUUGGUCAAUUCUACGUCGACUUCAUGAAGAAGGAAGAGAACGGUGGGCUCGACCCUUACAACAUGCGUCGCAAGCAUCGUGAGUACAGCAUGAGCGGUCACUACCGAAAGCUCAUGGCAAAGUUCACCGCCACGCCUAUGUUUGCUGUUCGUCCCUAUGUGAAUGACGAGGAGCAGAUGCACCCCACAGACAGGGAUUUGAUCGAGUGGCGCAAGGCUCAGGAAUCCUCUCAGCAAGAGAAGACUGCUUCGGCGUGGAACAAUUUUGCAGAAAAUGCAAAGAAGUUCGAUGUCGCUGCAGAAGACGAGACACGUCGUCGGCGCAGGAAUUCACCGCCUACGGAAACCCGCAUUAAUGAUGCAUGGGUCGAGACCGGUUUCGAGGGUGGUAAGCGGAUGAAGGUCAGUGACCCGAUCAAGCUUGAGCACACUCAAGUCAACAAUCCUGAUUCUGGAGAUCAGCUCAACACGGGAGUCAAGCCUGCAGAGGUCUCUGUCAGCUUUUCCGGCAUGGAGCAAAUGAUUGCACCCAAUGUUGAGCCUACGCAGGAUAUUGAGAUGGGGAACACAGUACCAAUUCUUGAUGAAAAAGGCGCACAGCCAUGCAACGGCACAGAUGGGGAUAGUCAAACCACCAAGACGCCUGUCCUUAUGAGCUUUUUGCACAAACAACUCGAAUCGGUCGGAUCCAAUACGCUUGAGAACUCGGCUCAAGGACCUGAUACAGACUCAGGUACUUCAUUUGGAAGUAGCACGGAUCAACCUGCCACCAAUAACAAUGUCGCCAGCACGACCUCAGCACCGACUCAAUUUUCUUCAUCUACAGCAUCAAGCGAAGCACCAAAACCGCCUCUGCUUAAUGUUUUCACCAACGUUGAGAAGUACAUAGAUCCGGCGCACCCAGCCGUGAACGUUUCGGGCAAUUUCGCCCAUACCUACUCCUGCCUUGAGGGCGAAUCCAAAGAGGAUGUCAAGAUUGCUGUUGUGCUCAAGUUUGCGCUCAGUUCCAGCAGUUAUGCUACCAUCUGCAUCCGAGAGAUGACAGGUCAAGGCAACUAG